CCGGCGAAGUCCACUUUAGUCAGCCACCAUGGAUAUUUCAGUGUUGCGACUUUACCUUCUUCUACUCAGCGUCCUACUCAUGUAUCUGGUGCCGACAGUGGAAUCGACCCUCCUGCUGUGGGCCUGCAUCUACCGCCUAGAAAUAUGCCCUUUUAAAACCACAACAACUAAAACCACUUGACCGUAAUUUUUGGUUAAUUUUCCACUGAUGAACGAACUAUAAAUAAAUGGAAACCGUUCCGACUCUACUUAA